AUGAACAACUUCACUUUCUUCACUGAGUUCACCCUCCUCGGGCUGUCUGCUGACCCCCACACCCAGGCUCUGCUCUUUGUGCUGUUCCUGGGGAUUUACCUGCUGACAUUAGUGGGGAACACAGCGAUGAUCUUGAUCAUCAAGGCUGAUUCUCGGCUCCACACACCCAUGUACUUCUUCCUCGGACACCUGUCUUUCCUGGAUCUCAGUUUCUCCUCAGUCACUGUGCCCAAAAUGCUACAGAACUUCUUGUCGCAGAAGAAAAGCAUCUCAGUGUGGGGCUGCAUCACCCAGAGUUUCCUUUUUCUCCUUUAUGGGUGUGCUGAAGCCAGUCUUCUCUCUGCCAUGGCCUAUGACCGCUCUGCUGCUGUCUGCCACCCUCUGCUCUACACUGUGGUCAUGAACAGGCCUCUCUGCUGCAUGGUGUGUGCAGCAUGGCUGGUGGGGCUUCUGAACUCACUAGUGAAUCAUCUUUUCAUCCACGAGUUACAUUUCUGUGGCUCUAACACUGUCUCCCAUUUCUUCUGUGAACUACCGGCACUCUUCCCCCUGUCCUGUACUGAUCCCACUGCCAACGAGUUCCUUCUGUCAGGGUCCAGUGCAUUUCUGGGACUUCUGACACUUCCUCUGAUCCUGUUCUCUUACUCCAGAAUCAUUUCCGCUGUUCUGAACAUCCAUUCCUCUGAGGGCCAAGGCAAGGCCUUCUCCACCUGCUCUUCCCACCUCACUGUGGUGCUCCUGUUCUCUGUGACAGCUCUGUUCAGGUACAUCAGCCCCGCCUCAGGCUCAGUGUUGGAGCGAGUGGUCUCCAUUCAGUACAGUGUCAUCACAUCCUUACUGAACCCUCUCAUCUACAGCCUCAAGAACCAGGAGGUGAAGGCUGCUCUGCAAAGGCUGCUAAGGAAGUGA